CUCCUUCUCCGACCUUUUAUCACCCGUAGCUGAUUCUUCAUCAGCUACUUAACUGAUUCUGUUAGAUUUGUUUUUCCUACCGCAAGGUACCUCUUAUCGCCAUCUCGCACUUCCAUCAUAAACACCCCCUUGUUACCUCUCAUUUGGAGUCGAAGUGAUUCAAGAUGAGAGUAUUGCCGGCUACUUUGCUGGUGGGAGCUGCCUCCGCGGCCGUUCCGCCUCUCCAGCAGGUGCUGGGUCGGCCUGAGGAGGGCAUGAGCUUCUCCAAGCCCCUCCAGGCCUUGCAAGAACAGCUGAAGACUCUUUCAGAUGACGCUCGUAAUCUCUGGGAUGAAGUUGCCAACUACUUCCCGGACAGCAUGGACCACAACCCGGUCUUCUCUCUUCCCAAGAAGCACACCCGUCGUCCGGAUUCUCAUUGGGACCACAUUGUCCGUGGUUCUGAUGUCCAGAAGAUCUGGGUGAACAAUGCCAACGGAGAGAAGGAGAGAGAGAUCGACGGAAAGCUCGAGGCUUACGAUCUCCGUGUCAAGAAGGCUGAUCCAAGCGCUCUCGGUAUUGACCCGAACGUGAAGCAGUACACUGGUUAUCUCGACGAUAACGAUAAUGACAAGCAUCUGUUCUACUGGUUCUUUGAAUCUCGCAAUGAUCCUAAGAAUGACCCUGUCGUGCUCUGGCUGAAUGGCGGCCCCGGCUGCUCUUCCCUCACUGGCCUAUUCAUGGAGCUGGGACCUAGCAGCAUCGAUGCGAACAUUAAGCCUGUCUACAAUGACUUCUCGUGGAACUCUAACGCCUCCGUCAUUUUCCUUGAUCAGCCCGUUAAUGUCGGCUAUUCCUACAGUGGCUCCGCUGUCAGCGACACUGUUGCUGCUGGCAAGGAUGUCUACGCUCUGCUCUCUCUCUUCUUCAAACAGUUCCCCGAGUAUGCGAAGCAGGACUUCCACAUUGCCGGCGAGUCAUAUGCCGGACAUUACAUUCCGGUCUUUGCAUCCGAGAUCUUGGCCCACAAGAAUCGUAACAUCAACCUCAAGUCCGUCCUCAUUGGUAACGGUCUCACGGACGGCCUCACUCAGUACGAGUACUACCGCCCUAUGGGAUGUGGUGAGGGUGGCUACAAAGCUGUCCUCGAUAAGGCCACCUGCCAAUCUAUGGACAAUGCCUUGCCCCGUUGCAAGUCGAUGAUCGAGUCUUGCUAUAACUCCGAGAGUGCCUGGGUCUGUGUCCCUGCCUCGAUUUACUGUAACAAUGCUCUUAUCGGACCUUACCAGCGCACCGGACAGAACGUCUACGACGUUCGCAGCAAGUGUGAGGAUGAAAGCAACCUUUGCUACAAGGGCAUGGGCUACGUGAGUGAAUAUCUUAACAAGGCUGAGGUUCGCGAGGCAGUCGGAGCCGAAGUCAAUGGCUACGACUCGUGCAACUUCGACAUCAACCGUAACUUCCUGUUCCACGGUGAUUGGAUGAAGCCCUACCACCGUCUCGUUCCCGGCCUUCUCGAGCAGAUUCCUGUGCUGAUCUACGCCGGUGAUGCCGACUACAUCUGCAACUGGCUCGGCAACAAGGCCUGGACGGAGGCUCUUGAAUGGCCUGGCCAGAAGGAGUACGCCUCGGCCGAGCUGGAGGAUCUGAAGAUCGAGCAGAACGAACACACCGGCAAGAAGAUCGGUCAGGUUAAGUCUCAUGGAAACUUUACCUUCAUGCGUCUCUACGGUGGAGGUCACAUGGUUCCCAUGGACCAACCCGAGGCUAGUCUGGAAUUCUUCAACCGCUGGUUGGGUGGUGAAUGGUUCUAGACCGGCCAGUUGGGAUUUGGAUAAGACAUACCUGGAUGUGUCUUGAUGAUAUAGUGCUGGCCCAGUGACUGGCGCACUGAAUAUGUUUCAUGCGUAAUGUGCUUCAAUUGCUUGUGUACUGUGAUGUAUGUACAUCAACCUUCAUGGUCGCAUCGUGCUAUGUGUAUCGAAAUAUAUAUAGGGUAUCGAUGCGACGACUAG